UAUUAGCUGUCAUUUUUCCAAUUCUUAAAUUAGUCUUAAUAUCAAUGAGAUUUAUAUCAGUUGAUUUUGAAGUUUUUGGGAAAGUUCAAGGAGUAUUUUUUAGGAAGAAUACACAAGAAAAGGCAUUAAAAAUAGGUAUAGUUGGAUGGGUUAAAAAUACCUUAUUAUCCACCGUAAUUGGACAAAUCCAAGGGAAAGAACCUGAAAUUAGAGUCAUGCAGGAAUGGCUUAGGCAUGAAGGAAGUCCUGGGUCAAAAAUAGAAAAAACUGAAUUUAAAAAUGAAAAGUUUAUAGACAAAUUAGAGUUUAAAUCUUUUGAUUUAAUACGAGGACGAUGAUUUUGGUAACAAAUAAUUCCUCUAUUAUAUAAAUAUAGCCACUUUUAAAUAAGGAUAUACUCAUUUAUUUAGUAAAUUUUUUGUAUAUACUUGAUGUGUUU